CGCCCUCCUCCAGCCGACAGACAAACUCUGUGCCCCCAAACCCUGGGCCCUCUGCGGGAAUGUUCAAAAAUGAGUACCAGGGAGGUGCAUUUGUUGAAAUCUUUAGUGCCCAGGGCAAAAAUCCUGGAGCAAAAUGGAAGAUCUUUGGCAGUCCAUCUGUGAUUUGGAAAGAGUUUGAUAAAGAAGUUAAAAGUUUUGUAUUUAUCCUGGAAGGCAGCAGCCAGACCAACAGAAUUCAAUUGCCGAAGGAAAAUAAGCAAAUCCUUGGACUGAUCCAGAGGUUUCUUGUACUUCAGAUUUACAUACCCUUGGGACAGGACUUCUCCACUGAACUACUAAUUACUGAUUUAGGAAACAUCAAAAGAAGAUUGUAUUUAUCAACAGUCCAUAAGGAACUCUCCUCAACCCCUCUUCAUGCAAAAAUCCCACUCUUCAUGAUCAAGCGUAAAAUUUGGUGCAAUCUGUGCAUUGACAUGGUCGCAUUCACCAGUGAGAUAUUUAAGGGAGCAGUUUUCCAGUCCUUGGAUGGAAUUAUCGUCUCUGCUAACUGUAAACUACGGAAGAUUUUCACUUUAAAAUCGAAGCCUCGAGAAGCUGCUGAUAGAGAUGAUGAACCCACAGAUAUGAUUCCACGAAGCUGUCAACUUGCAACAGAUGUUCCUCAUGUCACACAGCUACUAAACAUGACAAAAGUCUGCCAAACUGAAAUAAAAUUUGGAGGUCAUCGUUUACAAUCAGCAGAAUCAGACCAGUUCAUCAACAGAGGGGGAAGCAGCAUCCGGAACAGUAAAAGUCAGGAUGUCUGCCAUAUUGCCUUCGGGUCCAGGGUCCUUGGACCACCUCCACUCUCUGGCAGACGGAAUAACCUGAGGCUCUCUAGUGAGACAGUAAGAUCCGUUGGGAGCAAAAAUAGCCAAUUGUGCCAGCAGCCCUCACUAGAGAAGCAUGUUAACACAACACAAGUGUCGGCCUUGCUGAUACCUGAGUCUGAGCAGCAAGGAGAAAAAGGGAAUAUCUACCAAGUGAAGCAGACCAGGCCUACUUCUGCAGGUCAGAGCAGCAACGGGAGAGCUUGCUUGAAGAGCACCGGUGGAGAAAAGACCGAGGCGCCCUGUGGCAGUGCCUCAGGAAAUAACAGGAAUGAAGAGGAAUUAGCCACCACCCUCAACAGCAUCACUCAGCCAUGGACAGAGCCAGUGAACUCCAGCACUCCAGAACCCCAGGCUCCUGACCAACCAGAUGAGUGGAUAUUUCCUGAAAGUGCUGCUCUGACCUCUGGCCCAGCGUGUGGCAGUCAGUCUGUGCUCCUAGAUGGGGACUCAUGCAUUUCUUCACACCUGUGGCUAGAAACCAGCGAGGACAGUGAGCCUGACCAGGCAGAGGAAACCCAGAAGGCUCCCAAGGACAUUUUCACCUUUUCAUCUAGACCAAGAUCAGCACCUCAUGGGAAGAGUCAUGACAUGUCCCCAAAGGGGUAUCCAUUUAUUCUGAAUCCCGAAGAGGACAACGGUAUGACAAGGAGUGAUACCCAGCUGGAAGACGAUUUUUAUGGCACUGACAGCAGCCAAGAGGAAUACAACUGGAGAAACUAUCAGCCCAGCCAGAUGAGCGAAUGUGAGCUGCAGAUGCUAGCAAGCCUUCGACGGCAGCAGAACGAGGACCUGGAAGACACUGGGGAUCCUCAUGGCCUGAGUGCAUCCCAAGUGGACAAUUGUAAUGUUAGCAUCAGUACCAGCAGUGAUGACACAACCACGUGGAAUUCUUGUCUGCCACCUCCUGUCACCCAGGGUCAUCACUAUCAAACAGAAAUGAAUCCACCUUCUCCAUCGAACCCUCGAGACUGGUUGACCAUGCUGAGCCCACCAAUUGUCCCUCCCAGCCAGCAGCCAGUAGAGCAGCCUCUAGAGUCCUCUGCGAGUGCGAGCGUGCAAGGUGAAGAGGCCCUGAGUGCAGAAGAAGAUGAGGAGUUACUGACUUUGUUGUAUGACCCAUGCCUCAACUGCUACUUUGACCCUCAGACUGGGAAAUACUACGAGCUGGUGUAGCUCCCACCCCCAGGGCAGAAAGCAGCCACAGUGGAUGGAACAUGACAGCAACAUGACAACCACAAUGGGCACCGUGACCUGUGUGUUGUGCAGGUGGGCCCAAAGAGUCAAAAGGAUUGGAGAAGUGCUUUGUAAAUGGUGUUCAAUGUUAAGAAUGCCAGCGUUCUCUUUGUAGCUGUGUGUGUGGCUUUGAAACUUGUGAUGGAAUUAAAUCAGACCACAGAUCUUAGGUCCUGAAUUUGCUCUUAGUUGUUCAUUCCCAACGUCUAAGUGUCAUUAUGUUAUAUAAGCAAAUUAAUGAUUACUUGUUCAGAUUUUUCCAGUGUUAAUCUCUGAUACAUGAUGGCUUGAUACACUACAAAAGGUGUAUUCUUGUUUAAAGAUGUCUGAAACAUUUUAUAGCUUGUUUGUAUUAAAAAUAAAGUAUAGUGGUCAAGAGACCACUUCCUCUUUUUUC